AUGGCAAUGGAAUCUGACCUCGCAACCUCCGAUCCCGAGACCCACCCAUUCUUGAAGCAAAUCAAUGACCAGUGCCACGACAUGAGUUCCCUCAACGCCCUCGCUUUCACCAAACUACGUCGUUUCAACGAAGCCUCCGCAGAGCUCGAUUCCCUCGAAGACCUCCAAUCCUCCCACUACCCCUACGAAACCUACCCCAAAAUUUACCCUAAUCGGGUCGGAUCCAUGGUCCCCUUCUUCCUCCGGUGGCUCCAUGCCCUAAUUCCGAUCAAACUAGGGCAAUGUCAGCAAGGCAUGGACCGCUUCUACACCCUCCUCGAUUUCGUUCACCAGAAAAUUAAGGAAAAGGAGAACAGCGACGCCCUCAAUGUAUCCCUCCCUCUCUGGAGGAAAAGAGAGGUUUUUGUGGUGAAUUGCAUAAUUGGGCACCAUUUGAGUUAG